UGGCACUGCAGCCCGGGGGGUCUGGCUGGAAGAAGCCGGGGGGGCAGCAGCGGCAGCAGCUGGCACCUGCCUGGCACCAUGUGGCUGCUCGGGGUCUCCUGGGUGGCGCAGCUGGUCGCGGCUGCAAGCGGCUUGGUGGACCAGGAGCAGCUGUGCCCGAAGCCGGGUGAGAAAAAGAGACUUGUUUCGCCCAUUGCAUGGCUGGUUGGCACGGCUUAAACAUUUGCGCGAUGCUGCGUAAACGAGCCAGUCCCCCAGUCCUUUGCCCUGCAAAAAUGCGCUUUUUUUCAAUGAUUGCGCCCUGCGAUCUGUCCCCUUUGAGCCUCACAACAGCCCCGUGAGGUAGGUUAGGCUAAGAGAGAAGGGGGGGAAAUAAAGGGAAAUCUCCUUUAAAAAUAAAUCGUGGAGGCAUGUUUCGAACGAGAGGUGCCUGCCCUGUAAGGAUGAAUUUUUAAAGCUUUUUUUCUGUGUUUUCCUUCGUUUGAUCCUCUCAACAACCCUGUGAGGGAGGAUAGGCUGAGAGAAUGAAAAAUUAGGGGCGGGGUCUCCCUUUUAUAUCCUGGGGGCACGUUUCAAACAAUUCCUCCUGUAAGGAGGAAAUGUAUUAAAUUAAUUUAUUAGAUUUAUUUCUCCUUUCAUUUAAUCCUCACAAAAGCCCUGUAGGUAGGUUAGGCUGAGAGAAAAUGGCAUGUUAGGGAAACGCGAACUGGGGGUAUGUUUCUUCUUAAGAGCAAGAGAUUGUCUGCCCUGUCAGGAUGAACUUAAUUAAAUUUAUUAUGAUCGAUCUCUCUGUUGCUUCUCCCAUCGUUUGACCCUCACAGCAAGGAAGUACGCAGGCUAAGCUGACAGAAUGAAAUUUUUAAGGAAGUGCCUCAGGACACUUUUACCCUUGGGUGAUGUUUCAUCUUAAGAACAGCCAGUUAAAAAGAGCCAAAAACCCAGAAAUAUUCAACAAAUUGUUAAAACCAACGAUAAGCUAAAAAGCAGAUUCAAACUCGUGCAUCAGUGUUCUACGUUUCUAGACAGGCUUGACUAAAACAAAAAUGUUCAUAGCGGGUGCUGAAAAGAGUAAAACAAAAGGGUAACAUCAAUAGGCAGGGAGUUCCAACGUUCAGACGCUGCCAUGCUCAAAUAUUGAUUUCUUACAUAUGAGUUGAGUUGCAGCCUGGGUAUAUAUGGAAGGUGCCCCCAGGUUUCCCCCCCAUCACUGCUCUAACCGCUAUACCAUGCUCCUUCAACUGGGCUUUCUGCCGGUGGACAUUUGUUGGGAUAAGAAGGCAGUGAAUGGAAAGGUGAAGCCUCCGCAAUUUCAGUUUAGCACAUUUAAUCUGGCAAAUUGCGCGCGCGCAAAUUGUGUGUGCACCCACCCCUCAAAAGUUUGGAGAAACUGAAUUGUUGGUUCUCUAUUUUCUUUUUCUUCCUAUAACUUGUCGUUGCGCCUUGUGGAAGGGGCUGGCGUUUAGGGGUCCGGAUGGAGGGGACGGCACAGAUGUGGCGCCUAGUGGUUAGUGCUUGAGAGCGGCAGGAAGUGGCAGAGGGAGAAUGGAAGGCCAGGAAUCCUGGCUCCCAAUUGUGGGAAUGGAGUCCGGGGCUCACCUUUGGGAAGACCACACACCUCUGAGUUUUCGGUCUGUGAGAAUAGGCUGGAGGGGAGAAGUGGUUUGAGAUUCUUGAAUGAUCGCGCCGCCGGCUUCGAAUGGUGGUUGCAGCAGGAUAGAGGAAGAUAAGGGCUAUCUUAUCUGUGGUUGCGGGCGCACCAAAUAUCUAAACCACAUAGCAUCCCCUGCAGAACCCCUGGAACCGUAGAUUGCCUCUGACAAUCCUACAAUUCCCAGCGCCUUAAAACUACAGUUCUCCAGGUUCUUUUCUUGGGGGAGAUGUGUGUUGUACGCAGCCUUGCCUGCCUUAUCUAAAGAACAAUGAAACUACAUUAAGGACAGGCGGAAGCUGGUGGAUCUCAGGACAAUUUGUUGCAGAACCAGCAACGGGUUUUCUGACUCCUAAGCCGUUCAGACAGCUGAACAACUUUCUCCAGCACUAAUUACAUUUGCCAGUUUAACUGACUCAUCCAUAUUCCAGUCGUCAAUGGAAAGUGACCUUCUCUGCUUCCAGAGAUGACAUGUGUUCAGACCUGCUGCUCUUGAGAAUUAUUUAUUAUUAUUUAUUCUCAUUAUUAUAUUGAUACGAACCAUUUUUUAAAAAAUGAUCAAAUCAUAGGUCCAUCUCUCUCUGUCUACAUUGAUUGGCAGCAGAUCUCUAGGGUUUUAGAGGUCUUUCCCUAGUCUUACCUGGAGGUGUCUGGAUUCGAACCUGAUACCUCCUGCAUGCAAACCAGAUCUUUUAAGUUCUGAAGAAAGAAAACCAACAGCAGGAAGAAGGCAGGAGGCUCGAUUUAGAAACCUUAAAAAAAAAAAAUCUUUCUGUGUGGCUCCUCUUCCUCCUAAGUUGAUAACGAAACCGCAGUUGUGUUGUCUUUCUGUAGCUAAUAUGCCAUUCGGUAUGCCAGGAUCAAGCCCCAAAUCAUACUGUGAAAACCGUGCAGCUUCUGCUGCUGUUAUAUUUAUUCACAUCCUUCCCAGUCCCGGGACUCAAGGCCGCUUACACAAAUUAAAAACAACAGGGAUAAAAACAUGUAGAAGAGGUUCGUUUAAAAAGAAUUAAGCCGUAACAGAAUUAAAACGAAAUAAAACAAAAUCUAUUAAAAUAAGAAGAGGUGCCCAAACUUUAGUUCAGCACAACUUUAAAACCUUUUUCUUUUUUUUUUAAAAAAAAGGCCUUUGCUUUAAAAGAAGGCCAACAUUGGUAAUAGCAGGGGAUGAUGGGAGUCGUAGUUUAGGCACAUCUGGAGGGACAGAGCCUCCCCUGUUGUUUGAUAUUGAUCAUCAUAGAAUCAUAAAGUUGGAAGGGACACUGAGGGUCAUCUAGUUCAACCCCCUGCAAGGCAGUUGUCCCUUACACAGAUUGAACCUGCAACCUUGGCAUUAUCCGCACCACUCUCUAGCCAACUGAGCUAUCCAGCUGAUAUUUAUUUAUACACAGCCUUUCCCCCAGACUGGGACUCAAGGUGGCUUAGGCAAAUUAAAAACAACACAGGUAAAAAACGAAAAAGCUACAAACAUAUAAAAGAUCAUCAUCAAAGAGUAAUCAUAAAAUUAAAGCAAUAUAUUUUUUAAAAACCCCAAAUCUUAUUAAUCUGCAGGCAGUGAAAACAGGACAGCACUGUUAAAAGCACAUUCACGAGCCCUAGUGGAAUAAAGGGACGCGGGUGGCGCUGUGGGUUAAACCACAGAGCCUAGGGUUUGCUGAUCAGAAGGUUGGCGGUUCGAAUCCCCGCGACGGGGUGAGCUCCCGUUGCUCGGUCCCAGCUCCUGCCAACCUAGCAGUUCGAAAGCACGUCAAAGUGCAAGUAGAUAAAUAGGUAGGAAGGUAAAUGGCGUUUCCGUGCGCUGCUCUGGUUCGCCAGAAGCGGCUUAGUCAUGCUGGCUACAUGACCCAGAAGCUGUACGCCGGUUCCCUCGGCCAGUAAAGCAAGAUGAGCGCCGCAACCCCAGAGUCGGCCACGACUGGACCUAAUGGUCAGGGGUCCCUUUACCUUUACCUUUAGUGGAAUAAAACAGCAUUUGCUUGCUGGCAGGCAGACAGCAAGGAGGGAGCCAGUCUAGCUUCCCGAGGAAAACUGAGUUCCACGGUUUGGGGGCAGCCACUGAGAAGGCCCUGUCCUACGUCCCCACCAUUCGGGACUGUGUGGCUGAUGGAACUGAGAGAAGGGCCUUUCCUGAAGAUCUCAGAGCCCUGGCAGAUCUGUAUGAGAGGAUACGGUCUUUCAGAUAGUCUGGGCCUAAGCCUGGUUGUGGGCACUGUGUCCCUCCUCCCCAAAUCCAUGCGAUGAGAUGAAAGCUCCCGGAUUAGCAAAGUGCCGUGAUCUUUCCGUGGCCGAGUACCAACUGUUCUUGGCAGAGGACCAGGAAGGGCCAAGAGGCCAGCCCAGGGAGGUGAACGGACUGUUUGCUUUGGGCUGUUGACAUUUCGUUGUGUCCUGGGUUUCGGCAACGCAGCAGGGAAAGGCAGAGGGGGUGCGGGCCGUGUUGCCCGCUCAGCGAUAGAUACACCCCCCCAUGACCUUUUCCCCAAGAUGCUAAUCACUCCCCCCCCCCCCGACAGCUCAGCCGGGUUCCCAAAAGCAGAUUAAUUCGGCUCAAGAGCAAUGGGAGGAGAGACUGCAAGAAAGGGCAAGGAACCCGCAGGCCUCCGACAGAGAGGAGAGGCCUGUCCGCACAAUACAUUUAAAGCAGUAUCAUACCGCUUUAAGCAGGCAUGGUUCUCCACCACCACCACCCGGCCGUCCCCGAAGAAUCCUGAGAGCUGUCAUUUGGUUCAGGGAGUUGUUAGGCUCCUUCCAUUCCCUUCACAGAGCGGCAAUUGAAUGUUGGAAGGCUCAGGACAAAUGGAAGUGCAAUACAUUGUUAAACUGUGGAACUCACUCCCACAAGGAGGCUGGGACGGCCACCAACUUGGAUGGCUUCAAAAAGGAAGAUGAAGGACUGGUUCUGCUUACCAAACAAUGAUUCUCCAAAACGGUCCAUAGAUGAUUGGUUGAUUGAUUGAUCAAUUGAUUAUCUAUCUAUCUAUCUAUCAUCUAUCUAUCUAUCAUCUAUCUAUCUAUCUAUCAUCUAUGGACCUUUUUGGGGAAUCAUUGUUUGGUAAGAUAGAUAGAUAGAUAGAUAGAUAGAUAGAUAGAUAGAUAGAUAAAAUAGAGGCACUUUAUAACACUUGGACAUAUAGAAUAACAGUUUCCAAAAAUGAAAUAAAAAAAAUUCCUUCCAGUAGCACCUUAGAGACCAACUAAGUUUGUUAUCGAAAGCUCAUACCAAUAACAAACUUAGACGGUCUCUAAAGUGCUACUGGACGGAUUUUUUAAAUUUUGUUUCAACUACGGCAGACCAACACGGCUACCUACCUGUAACUAGUUCCAAAAACCGGUGCAUUGCAGUUGAAGACUGGGAUAAAUAUCUCCGAUUGAGAAGCUCAUUAAAAGAGGAGAUUCUGCCGUAGUUGGCAAAAGACGAUGGAGAUGGCGCUUGUCUGAUAUGUGAUGGGAGGUUUUCCAAAGGGGGGGUGCUGCCAUGCUAAAGCCCCGACUUCUGUGUUGUAGGUGGAAAGUACCUCCUGAUGAGAUGGCCCUGAUAAAGAGGCCCUCUUCGACAGAGCUUAUUAAUUGGUUGUCCUCCUUCCCUACAGACCUUCUCCGGUGCUAAAAUGGUAGGGGGCUGUUGUUAGUUCCUCCAUUCUCAGAAGCUUGGGUAGUGGCAGCAGCCCAGUAAUAAUAAUAAUAUAAUAAUAAUAUUUAUACCCCGUCCAUCUGGCUGGGUUUCUCCAGCCACUCUGGGCGGCUUCCAAAAGAAUAUUAAAAUACAAUAACCUAUUAAACAUUAAAAGCUUCCCUAAACAGGGCUGCCUUCAGAUGUCUUCUAAAGGUCUGGUAGUUUUUCUCUUUGAGAUCUGGUGGGGGGGCGUUCCACAGGGUGAGUGCCACCACCUAGAAGGCCCUCUGUCUGGUUCCCUGUAACUUCGCUUCUCGCAGCGAGGGAACCGCCAGAAGGCCCUCGGCGCUGGACCUCAGUGUCUGGGCAGAACGAUGGGGGUGGAGAUGCUCCUUCAGGUAUACUGGACCGAGGCCGUUUAGGGCUUUAAAGGUCAGCACCAACACUUUGAAUUGUGCUCGGAAACGUACUGGGAGCCAAGGUGGGUCUUUCAAGACCGGUGUUAUGUGGUCUUGGUGGCCGCUCCCAGUCACCAGUCUAACUGCCACAUUCUGGAUUAGUUGUAGUUUCCAGGUCACCUUCAAAGGUAGCCCCACAUAGAGCGGAUUGCAGUAGUCUAAGCGAGAGAUAACUAGAGCAUGCCUUCUCUGCUGCAGUUGUGGAACUCCCUCCCUAGACAGACGUGCCUGGUGUGCUUCCCGUUGCACAGCUUUUGACAAAUGCUGAAAAUAAAAAACCUUUGUCCGGCCUUUAAUAUUUGAGAUGUACUUUUUAGGAUCCAUGCUACUUCUGUCGUUUUAAGUUGUUUUCAACUGUUUUUUGGUGUUGCAUUUUAAUUGUUGUAACCUGCCCUGAGAUGAUCAUCAUCAAAGCAGGUGGGCCACAUAGCAGGGUGACAUCAUUGCGUGAUCCCUGAUUUCCUGGGAUCACCCGUGUGGCUAAUCCGUUUCUGAGCACAAUUCAAAGUGUUGGUGUUGACCUUUAAAGCCCUAAACGGCCUCGGCCCUGUAUACCUGAAGGAGUGUCUCCACCCCCAUCGUUCUGCCCAGAUGCUGAGGUCCAACGCUGAAGGCCUUCUGGCGGUUCCCUCACUGUGAGAAGCAAAGCUACAGGGAACCAGGCAGAGGGCCUUCUCGGUGGUGGUGCCUGCCCUGUGGAACGCCCUCCCAUCAGAUGUCAAAGAGAUAAACAACUACCUGACAUUUAGAAGACAUCUGAAGGCAGCCCUGAUCAGGGAAGUUUUUAAUGUGUGACAUUUUAAUGUAUUUUUAAUCUUUGUUGGAAGCUGCGCAGAGUGGCUGGGGAAACCCAGCCAGAUGGGCGGGGUACAAAUAAUAAAUUAUGAUGAUGAUGAUGAUGAUGAUGAUUAAUCCUGGCUGCUCUUUCUCUCAUAUAACUGCCUUCAGUGAUUCAGUCACAUAUGGCAACAACAACAACAUGAGACAAUAUUUCAGAUAUCCUUGUUCCAAGCUUCAUAGGGCUUUAUCCGCCAAGACUGGCACCUACUGUAGAACUUACUUUGAUAGCUGAUUGGCAGCUGCUGAAAUUCUUCCAGUGAUAGUCUGUUGUUUGUUAUUGGGGUGGGAAGUGUAGCUCUGUGCAGAGUAAACUUUGUUGUUGUUUAGUCGUGUCCGACUCUUCGUGACCCCAUGGACCAGAGCACGCCAGGCACUGCUGUCUUCCACUACCUCCCCCAGUUUGGUCAAACUCAUGCUGGUAGCUUCGAGAACACUGUCCAACCAUCUCGUCCUCUGUCCUCCCCUUCUCCUUGUGCCCUCCAUCUUUCCAGGGUCUUUUCCAGGGAGUCUUCUCUUCUCAUGAGGUGGCCAAAGUAUCGGAGCCUCAGCUUCACGAUCUGUCCUUCCAGUGAGCACUCAGGGCUGAUUUCCUUCAGAAUGGAUAGGUUUGAUCUUCUUGCAGUCCAUGGGACUCUCAAGAGUCUCCUCCAGCACCAGAAUUCAAAAGCAUCAAUUCUUCGGCGAUCAGCCUUCUUUAUGGUCCAGCUCUCACUUCCAUCCAUCACUACUGGGAAAACCAGUAACUAUACGGAGUAUAUGCAGAGUAAACGACAUUUCCCAAAAUCCCUUUGGGGAAGCUAUGUGCAUGAAAUGUGCUUGGACUGUAUGCUGUGGAUGAGGUCCUCUGAUGUAACCUGGGUACCACUCAUGCUAAGUGGUGGAUUUCGCCACUGGAGGGGCCCCAUAGAGCAAGGUGGGGGGUGCGUUUCCCUGCACAGCGUGUCCUUUCCUGUUGCUAGGAAACCACUCCUGGAAAGGUGAAGGUAGCUUUUGUCAAUAUUUACUGGGUGGGCAAAGCAGUGCGGAGGUGACUGCGCCCCCCUUCCCCGACACACAAACAGGUGCCCAACCAGCCAGAAUGAAUGAAUCUGCCUGGCCUGUUUAUGUAACUGUGUGGGAAAGUGGGGUUUGCAACAAAAUGUUGCAGCAUAUCCUCCUGGGACAGCUUCUGCUUCAUGAUGGCAGCUGCCUGCUAGCUGUGCUCCUUUCUCCAGCUUAGAAAUAGGAAGAAGAGCUUGCAGGAUCAGGCCAGCAGCCCAUCCGAGGCCCGCGUCCUGUUCUCACGGUGGCUAACCUGAUGCCUACAGAUGUAAACAGGAAAUGAGCGCAACAACACUUUCCCCACUCGGUUUUUUUUUAAAUAUAAAUUUUUAUUAGUUUUUUAACAUACCGUUUUCAACAGUAAUGAAACAUACUUUUACAUCUUAUUCAAUUUUUGGACUUCCAUCAGUCCUGUCUGAAAAUUUUCCAGUCUAAUCUCUUAGUAUGCAUUUCUUUUUUUCCCUAUGACAUUUCAAACUCAUAACCAACAUCUCUAUCUUUUUCUACUUUGUAACACUUUGUAUAUUCCUCCUUACAAAACUUCUUGUAGUCCUACUAGCGUAAUUUGUUGACUACAGUUGCUCUUCAAGUAAUUCAUAUACUUCUUCUAAUCUUCUGUAAAUCUCUGGUCCAGCAGGUUUUGAAGCCUUCCUGUCAUUUUGCCCAAUUCUGCAUAGUCCAUUAAUUUCGUCUGCCAUUCUUCUUUCGAUGCGCCCGGUUCUCCAUCCCUGUGGGACGGCUGCAUAUUCAUGAACUAGACCAUCCUCAGGGUCCCUUCUAGCCCUAUGAUUCUAUGAUUUCUGUAUACAGUGGACGCUUGGGUUAAGAAUGUGAUUCGUGUGGGAUGCACAUUCGCAACCUGCAGCAUUCGCAACCCGCAGCGGCGCAUCUGCGCAUGUGCGGCUUGUGAUUCGGCACUUCUGCACAUGCGCAAAGUGCGAUUUAGCGCUUCUGCACAUGUGCGACCACCGAAACCCGGAAGUAAGCUGUUCCAGUACUUCCGGGUUUCGGCGGCCCAUAACCCGAAAACGCGCAACCUGAAGCGUAUGUAACCCGAGGUAUUAUUCUAUUUGGUUCAUCUCAGGGAAGAGAGGAUAAACAUCUCUGGGGAAAUAACCUGACGACCAUUUUUCUCUCUUCUUUCCUCAUUAUUUCCGCCCCCAGAUGUGUCUCCCAAUACGAUUCUGGUUCAGCCAGGGAUGAACGUUACCCUGCCCUGCCUGGAGGGGGAGCUAGAGAACAUCACGCAGGUGCACUGGAUGUUCAACGGAAGGAACCUGAGUGCAUCCACCGGCAGGCAGGUGAUCCCCGGACCCAGCCUCUUCCUGCCGUCGGUAUAUUUCAGUGACUCCGGCCGCUACGCUUGCUACACCGACAGCCGCCGCCUCCUUUGCUCCCUGCGCCUGAUGGUAGAAGGUGAGGGAGACGCUUCGAGAGCGUUAGGGCCCUUUCUGCUCAGCUGCACCUCUGACUGGGUUUUGUUGUCGCCCGGUUGGGUCAUUUACUGCCCUCCCUCUUCCUUGGAAUUGAUUUCCCAGGGCCUGAGCCAGGGCAGGGGGAUCUCAGGCCCAAUGUGGCCCCCCAGGCCUCUCCACCUGGCCCUCGGGAUUCCUCGUGGCCAUGUCCCCUCUCCCCAGGACACGCCCCCUCCUCCGUCUCCCAUUGCACCCUCCUCGGGCAAUGGUAUAAUCACUUUUUAUUCGGGUUCUGUUCUGUUCUGUUCACCUGGGAAGGGUGGGAAAUGCUUCCUGGUGUGGCUCGGAUGUUUUAGGGGAUAUACGAUUUGUUAACUAAUAAUAAUGAUAAUGAUAAACAGUGCAACAUAACAAAGAGAAAUAAAAUAAGAACCAGACAUUUAAACCGUAAAACGCCACAGCCUGGAAAGAGAAUUACAAAGGUACAGCAUAGCUCCAAAGGGAUAAGAAAGUGUGUGUGUGUGUGUGUAAUUUACAGAUAAAUUGCAAACAGACAGAAACAUUGGGAGGAUUAUUGGAAUAACCUGCAGUUUCAUAAGAGUUUAUAUUUAAAGUAGAUAAUGAAACGAGCAAAUUAAAUGAAUUUGGAUAUGCAGAAGAUAGUAAAAAAAUUAAUUUAAAGAACUGCAGAAAGAGGGGGAAGGUCAAAGUCAAACAUUGUAAUGUUAAAAUGAUUGUAAAAUGAAUGAAAUGUAUAAAUUUGAAAAUGUAUAAAUAAAAGCUUUAAAUAAAUAAAUAAAUAAAAUCCAAAGAUUCCAUUUCCAUAUAAUAAAUAUAUAUUAUAUUAUAUAUAAACAAACAAACAAACAAACAAACAAACAUGUAUUGUGCUUUUAUAUUUGUUGGAAGCUGUCCAGAGUGGCUGGGGCAACCCAGUUGGAUGGGCAGGAUAUUAUUAUUAUUAUUAUUAUUAUUAUUAUUAUUAUUAAAAAUAAAAGUGUUCUCUACCUGUCAGUUCCAUCAUUAUAGAGAAUAAAGCUUCUAUAGAGACAAAUUGGGACCCUGGCUGCCUCCAGCUACAGAAGCUGAGGCUGCUGAACAGACUCUUGGGCUGGGGUAUUAUAGAAUCAUUAAAAUUGUAGAAGGGAAGGGACCUUGAGGGUCAUCUAGACCCACCCCAUGCGACUAAAGCAUCCAUAACAGGUGGCCGCCCAACCUCUGCUUAAAAAAUCUCUGAUGAAGGAGAGUCUGCUGCCUCCUGAGGGAAAACAUUGUUGACCGUUGUUUUUUCCUUUUAUUGAUACACUUUAUUCCAUAUCUUUAUCUUGGAUCUUACUGUGAUUCAUGUGCAAAUUGUUGGGUUGCGCACUUUUUGAUGGUUGGUUUAUUCUUUAGGAAUGCUUUUGUAAUUUUGUAAAAAAAUAAAUAAAUCCCGUAGGGUAAGCAGCCUUGCACAUGGUUUUAGCUUUGAGAAGGUAGCGCAUGCAAGUGAAAUGUGGAACGAAACAAGCCAGACAUUUGCAUAUGCAGAGGGAAUCCGGUGAACUUUGUUAAACUGAACUAACUAGCCAGUACCAGAGAUCCUGAGAAUAUGCGGAAGGCUGCGUAUCCUGCCCCCACGUAAACAGUCUCUUCCCCCUUUUCAGAACCGCCAGAGGCGCCAAACUUCACCUGCUUCCGAAAGAGCUUAGCCAAGGACAUUUUCUGCGAGUGGAAGACGCCUCGUGGGAUGUCCAGCCACACCAAAGCCAGGAUGUGGGUUCAGAAAAAGUGAGUGGAGGCUGGGGCAACAUUUAAACCGUGGGAGCGGAUAUGAUAUGAGGGAUGUCGGGGUUGUUGGGUUGUUGUUGUUUAGUCGUUAAUCGUGUCCGACUCUUCGUGACCCCCUGGACCAGAGCAUGCCAGGCAUUCCUGCCUUCCACUGCCUCCCCCAGUUUGGUCAAACUCAUGCUGGUAGCUUCGAGAACACUGUCCCACCAUCUCAUCCUCUGUCGUCCCCUUCUCCUUGUGCCCUCCAUCUUUCCCAACAUCAGGGUCUUUUCCAGGGAGUCUUCUUUCUCAUGAGGUGGCCAAAGUAUUGGAGCGUCAGCUUCAGGAUCUGUCCUUCCAGUGAGCACUCAGGGCUGAUUUCCUUCAGAAUGGAUAGGUUUGAUCUUCUUGCAGUCCAUGGGACUCUCAAGAGUCUCCUCCAGCACCAUAAUUCAAAAGCAUCCAUUCUUCGGCGAUCAGCCUUCUUUAUGGUCCAGCUCUCACUUCCAUACAUCACUACUGGGAAAACCAUAGCUUUUACUAUACGGACCUUUGUUGGCAAGGUGAUGUCUCUGCUUUUUAAGAUGCUGUCUAGGUUUGUCAUAGCUUUCCUCCCAUUAGCAAUGGGCAACCCUGUCAUUCCCACCCCCACCCCAAUCUUGAGUUCGCUUUUCUAUAUUUCCACAUCGGUUUGCGCUGAUAAAGUAAAUCCUGAUGGGAAUUCUUCCGUAUUCCAAUGCUAAUUUACCCUACUAGAUAUCACCUGAGAGACUGUGUGACGUUAACAGAUGAGAGUGCUGGAGGUGAAAUAGUUAAACAGGUUACCCAAUCAGAACCCAGGGGGGUGGAGUCAGAGGGACUAUAAAACCAGCUCUGGGGUGGGCAAAGGGGAGAGUUCAGUUGGGAGUUGGGUGGUUGGUUGGAGUAGGAGUGAAUUGGGAUAGAGUCUGUGGGUAGAUUGAGCUGGUGUAGUGAAAUAAGCUCGGUGUAAUAAGUUUAAGUUUGGUGUAAUGGUGUAAUUCUCUGAAGUCUCUCAGCCCCACUCACCUCACAGAGUGUUUGUUGUGGGGGAGGAAGGGAAAGGAGAUUGUUAGCUGCUUUGAGACUCCUUCAGGUAGUGAUAAAGCGGGAUAUCAAAUCCAAAUAAGCUGAGUCAGGAACAGUUAGGGGCUAGGAAGACAAGCAAAUAUCUGAGAGGUGGUUUAGUGAGUGAGAGCAGGUAGCGGAAGUUAUAGGUCUGGAUAGGCACCCCAUGAUUGUAACUGACCGAUACCGUUUAUGAAACCACACGCUUGUUAAACUGCAAUAAAUAAACAAACAGAAGUUUAUGUUCCAUUCUAACCCUGACUGGACUCAGUAUUGUACCAGGUAGGGCCUAGGUGGUGGCAGCGAGAAAUAAAGUGGUGGCACAGGGAUCAAUAGACGGUGAAAUGUCCGGGGACCCUGUGUGAUCACCCUUAUCUAUCACCUAGAAGACAGAAUCAUAGAAUUUGUUAUAAGAAAAAAUUGCUCCUUUUCCCUUAUGGAGUAUCCAAGAGCCCUUAUAGAGUCCUUAAAUGGGUUCCCUAUCGGUAGGAGAAAAUAACAGAGGCUGACCAGAGUAUACUGAGAAGCAAAGCGGCUAGUAAGCCUGAUCUUUAUUCAAAGAACAGUUGCAACAGGGUCCCCACUCACCACACGCAGGAGGGAGGAGAACCCUGAACAACGGUGCGCAAGCUCUUAUAUAGACUUUUGAAAUUGCCCACCCUGUAGCCCAAGACCACCCCCCAAAAAACAUCAUCCAUCCAUCCAUCCAUCACAGAAGGAGGUGGUCUACAGCAGAAAUCCUGUCUGCCAGGAUACCUGAUAAUGGUCACUUAUUGCAUUACCUGGGUAGCCUGGCCAUUCUUUUGUGAUGGUUAAUUCUUUAGUUCCUGAAUCCAGGUCACAGGCUCACCCUAUUCAUAUACAAAUGUGUCCUUAAGACAGGAUUUGCAAGCAUAAAGGCAUUGGGAAGGCUUUCCCCAUUUGCCUUCCUUACUGCAUUUGAGGUCAUUGGUAGAGUAAAAAUGGCUUCAGGAUUACUCUCCUAUACUAUUUCAGACACAUGGUUUAUGUACUUGUGUAUGUGUUUGCAUUGCACAUUUAUGAACAUUUAAUUUAUAUUUGAAACCUUAGCAUUCUUAUAACAAUUUGGAUGAGACCACAAGGACCAUCUUGUCCAACCCUCUGCAAUGCAGGAAUUUCAACCAAUGUGGAGCUUGAACUCACAACCCUGAAAUUAAAAGUCUCAUGCUGACUGACUGAGCUAUUGAUCGCUGUGAAUCUUCAGGGAAGGAGAGUCAGAACAUCUUUGUUCUGUUAGGCUUUCCCUGCUAGAUCAAUGGGUCUUGAAUCACAAGGGCCGUUUAUUAGGGUUUCCGUCUUGUUUGAAAUGCAUCUGUUGUUUUGUGCUUUUAACUAUUUUUAAUUUAUCUGAUGUGUGAAUCGCCUUGAGACGGUAGCUUAGAAGGCGAUUAAUAGGUACGGUAUACAGUGGUGCCUCGCAAGACGAAAAGAAUCCGUUCCGCGAGUCUCUUCGUCUUGCGGGUUUUUUCGUCUUGCGAAGCAAGUCCAUUUGCGGUUUAGCGGAUUAGCGCUACAGUAUUAGCGGCUUAGCGGGCUUAGUGGAUCAGCUGAUAAGCGGCUUAGCGAUCAGCUGUUAAGCGGCUUAGCCGAUCAGCUGAUAAGCGGUUUAGCGGCUUGGGAAAAAGGGGGGGGGAGGGAAAAAACCCCGCAGGAACUCGCAAGACAUUUUCGUCUUGCAAAGCAAGCACAUAGGAAAUUCGUUUUGCGAAGCACCUCCAAAACGGAAAACCCUUUCGUCUAGCGGGUUUUCCGUCUUGCGAGGCAUUCGUCUUGCGGGGCACCACUGUAGUGAAAUUACACAGUAUGUAAUUUUCCUUAAUAGGCACAUUUUAUUUUAUUUUUGAGCGCACAAAGGAACAAAGGUACAAUUAUGCAUGGCGAUUUCGCCAGUGUGUGCAUUUUUUUACCCAUGCCUUAUUGAAGUACAGUAUAUGCGUGUGCUUUUUGUUCCCGUUGCAAAAUUUGGAGAAGUGCAAGUUUCAAAAGCAUGGCUGUGUUUCAAUUUGCACAUUGUUUUGGGAAGUGCAGAUUAGGUGGGUCUGCUGUUAAGUGCAAGAUGAAUAGAAAACACACGCACAUGUGCUUUAAAUGCACAGUGCGUACCACCCUUGAUCACCCGCAGAGAAGAUCCGUUGAAAUCAACCGGCCUUCCGUCAGCUGCGCCCAUUAAUUUCAAGGCAGGGUCUGCUCAUCGGCCGCUGUCAUGCGCUGUAGCUGGCGAGACAUGGCAUUUCCAUGCUGGCUGUGCUCAAUCGCGGCGAGAUCCAGUGUCUUCCCUUCCUCCGGCUGAGCAUUCCGUGUUCUUUGGUUGUAAAUAAAAAUUGCCCUUUUCCCUUAUGGGAUAUCCAAGAGCCCAUAUAGAGUCCUUACAUGGGUUCCCUAUUGGUAGGAGAGAAUAAAAGUGGCCAACCAGAGAAUAUUGAGAAGUAAAGCAGGUAGUAAGCUUGAUCUUUAUUGAUCUGUUGCAACAGGGUGCUCCCCUCACCCGCAGGAGAGAGGAGGGACCCAGAAAAAUGGCAUGCAAGGCCUUAUAAAGACUUUUGAAAUUCCCAUCCUGUAGAUCAAGACCACCCCCAGAAACAUCAUACAGACAUCCCAAGACCACACCUCAGAUACAUCACACCUACAUCACAGAAAAGGCGGUCUAAAACAGAAAUUUGAAUGUUGUUUUUCUCCUGUCCUUGUUUAUCUCCUGUCUGGCAGGUUACUUGAUUGGAUUGCCUGGGGAGCCCGGCCAUUCUUUUGUAGUGAUAAAUACUUAGUUCCUGGGCCAGGUCACAGGCUCACACCCUAUUCAAACACAGACAUACCCUUAAGACAGGAUUUGUGAAGGAAAAGACAAUGGGGAGGCUUUUCCACUUUGACCAUGCAUAGAAAACAUUUGCUCAGUUUAGGAAUCAAAAUGGCUUCAGGUUGGCCUUCCUGUGCUGAUCUAUGUACGUGCAGUUAUGAACAUUACCAUAUAUCGAAGACCUCAAAAUUCCUAUCACACUUUCCCCCCGUGUCCCCUAGUUUCGUCGGGGUGAACCGCGUCGAGCAGCCCUGCCGCUAUUACACCAAGUCCCAGAAGUUCUCUUGCCGCAUAGAAGGAAUCGCUGACGACGUGCACAUCCUGAAGGUGUCCGUCUGCAUCUUCAACCUGGCUGGAGCCCUGAGUAGCCACAGUUUCAUCAGCACCGAAAAUCUGUGUGAGUAGCAGCACCUUUACUCUGAAUCGGGGCCGGUACGCCAUGUGCUAGGGCGCAUGUUGUGCAUAGCUGUCAACUUACAGAUUUGAAAAUAAGGGGCCAGCAGCCUUGAAAAUAAGGGAUCAGCAGCCAAAAUAAGGGAUUUUAGUCAGCCAGCAGCCAAACAAAGCCUCAAGCGGUGGUUCCCACAGCGCAGCAACCUGGCAAAGGGGAUGCAGCAAGGAAAACCACCGUCACCUCUCCGCUGGGAAGCGCUGAGCAAAGGGGAGUCUCCAGGCAAUGAGGCUGAUUUGAUGGGCACAAGGCAUGCAAGCUCCACCCCCCAGUCGUUCUUAGACUCCUUAUUGGGUGAGCAACACAGCCAAGCAACACAGUUGGACCCUCCCUCCUCCCUGGCCAGCAGGGAGGGAGGGAGAGGAGCUGCUUCCUUUGAAACCUGGGAAAUUUAAGGGACAUCAUCAAUAAGAGACAGCAGCGGGACAUGGCACUGGGAUAAGGGACUUUCCCGCCAAAUAAGGGACGGUUGACAGCUAUGAUGUUGUGCUGGAGCUAGAGUGAAUCUACCUGUGCCCGACUCUCCUCCCUGCAGAUUUUUGCUGCUUGCAAAUUCUCUCAAAUAUUCCUGGACGCAUGAGACUCUUAAUUUCAGGGCUGUGCUUUAGAGCCCCACAUGGGGCAAAAAUUGGUGCUUUCCAACUCCACAUUCAUAAUUCUACAAAGUGUAGAAUCAGGACUGGGGGAGCAUCAGUCUGCGGCCCCCCAGAUCUCUCCAUUUGGCCCUCGGAAUCCUUCCCGAGCCUCUGGUCAUUCCCCUCAUGUGCCGUGAAUGGUUUAACACGGCUGGGAAGCGACCGUGAACUCUUAUCAUCUUCCUUCCCGGCAUGGUCGACAGAGAGAGGUUUUUCUCACUCUCUCAUAACAUCUGAAUUUGUGAGCAUCUAAUGAAGCUGGGGGAUGCGGGUGGUGCUGUGGGUUAAACCACAGAGCCUAGGGCUUGCCGAUCAGAAGGCUGGCAGUUCAAAUCCCCGCAACGGGGUGAGCUGCCAUUGCUCAGUCCCUGCUCCUGCCAACCUAGCAGUUCGAAAGCACGUCAAGUGCAAGUAGAUAAAUAGGUACCACUCUGGUGGGAAGGUAAAUGGUAUUUCCAUGCGCUGCUCUGGUUCGCCAGAAGCAGCUUAGUCAUGCUGGCCACAUGACCCGGAAGCUGUACACCGGCUCCAUCGGCCAAUAAAGCAAGAUGAGCGCCGCAAUCCCAGAGUCGCCCGUGACCGGACCUAACGGUCAGGGGUCCCUUUACCUUUUUAAUGAAGCUGAAGGUUGGGAGAUUCGGGAAAGGUUUUGUUUUUAUUUUAAACGAGAAGUUUAUUUAAACAACAAGACGCUUUACUUGAAGGGAAAACUAUCCAAGAUCAAAUUUUUGUUUAGAGUAAUUUACCCCUACUUAAAGACAGAUUGCUCUGCAUGUAACAGCUACGUACAAAAAAAGUUAUAAAAUCGUCCUUGUUUGUACAACGAUAAAAGAAAAACAUUGAAAUUAUCCAGUCAAAUCAGGUUUCAAGGUUUUUGUUUUUCAACAAUGAGAGCAAAAUAACUUACUGGAAUAUAAAGAUAAAAGUUAGAGGAGCAUGCCAUGGAGGAAUGGGGCAUUUUCACAGACCAGUUUGUUUUUACCACCCCAUCUCCAUAUGAUGUUGAUCGAAAAAUACCAUUGGCCAUUUAGUUUAAAAAUAUAUAUGCAUGUCUGUGCACAUACACCAGUUAUGUUAGGUACCACAGAAGGAAUAGGAAAUGAAAUCAAAGAGAGAAAGCUAUACUGCAGUAGUCAAGAUGUGAAUGAACCAAGUCUCGUUUUUCUAAUUGUGAAUGUGUUGUCUGUGGGAAAGGGAGUUUGGUUCUCAUUUGAUACUCCGGUCCAGCAUGAAUCCAGCACAAAUGCUCCAUUAUUGCAUCGAUGACAUGUUGAAGAAAACAGGAGAGAGAGAGACUUUCCUUUCUCCUUUUUUAAACCUGAUUAUCAUCAUCAAUCUUUAUUACGGUCCAGAGACCCAACAAAUCAUUACAAAGCAAUAUACAAUUCAUACAGCUUACCUCCUGGUUAAACAAGCAUUUUGUUCAGAAUAUAGGGAUUAUUUGUUCUUGCAACGACCGAUAAAAACUUUGCUACUGCUAAUGUUCUAGCAUUUGUCCGGUCUUCCAAUAGGAACCUGACAUAGUGAGCCUCUGAUUUUCCUGGGAAAGGUACCAGCAAGGGUAGUAUCAGUUUUUUUAAACCUUUCUGGCUGAUCUCCCCGCCCCCCCCCCCCACAGUGAAGCCAGACCCACCAGUCGAUGUGGAGGUGAGGAACGUGGAGCUGCACCCCCGCAAACUGUUUGUGACCUGGCGCAAACCCCCCUCUUGGGGUUCCUCCUUUUUCCGCCUGCAGUUCGAGAUCCGCUACCGGGUGGAAGCCUCAACAGCGUACAACAAGGUCUGCCCUUACUUUUGAUUUUGGGGUGAGGAGAGGGCAGGCAUUCCCUGAACCUGUACAAGUUGCAAUGCUCGAUUUCGGGACGCGGAAAUAAUGGGCGUCCCCACCUUAUUUCCUGUGUGCCUCUUGGCUGCAUCUUUCACUAGACCAGAGGCGGGGAAACCUGUGGUCCUCUGGGCGUUGUUGGGACUACAGUUCCCAUCAUCCCCAGCCAGCGUGGCCAAUGAUCAGGGUGAUUGGAUUUGUAGUCCAGCGACAUCUGGAGGGUCGCAGGCUCCCCAUCGCUGUCCUGGACACAUAUCCCAACCAAUCAGGGACCACAUAUUUAAUGCACUUUAAUGGAGCGAUGCUGGGGAGCCUGUGACCCUUCAGAUGCUGUCAGACUACAACUCCCAUCAGCCCCAGCCAACCAGGCCACUGGUUAGAGAUGAUGGGAGUUGUGGCAACUGGAAGGCCGCAGGUUCUCCACUAGGCUGUGCUAAUUUGCAGUGGCAAAUCCCCAGGGUUUGAAGAGCCAUCUGCCGCUCUCCCUCGAGAUACUUGGGCCUGUUGCAUGCAGCACAUCUGCUGUACAACUGAGCUCUGUUCCUUCCCCUACAUACCAAGUUUCCAGUCCUCAUGGUCCCAUAUUGAAGAUCUGGCUUUCGCAGGAAGCUGCCUGAUACCAAAUCAGACUCUGGGUCCACCUAGCUCAGCAUUGCCUACACGGACUGGCAGCAGCUCUCCAGGGUUUCAGGAAAGAUGUCCCUCCCAGACUCACCUGGCGGUGCUGCCACAGAUUAAACCUGGCACUUUUUGCAUGCCAGGCCACUGAGCUGCGCCCCUUUCCCUUUCUCUCGGCUACAGAUUCACCUUCAGGAUGAAUACACUUCCUACACCAUCUCUGACGUGAUGCCAGGUGUCCGCCAUGUCAUCCAGGUACGGGCCCGGGAAGAAUUCAACCAAGGGAUCUGGAGCGAAUGGAGCCGGGAGAGCUUUGGAGUGCCCUGGACAGGUUGGCAGUGCCCUUUCCGUUGCCCCUCCCGUGCCCUUCCUUAUAUGGAAUGUUGUGGAUAGUAGGAGAGGAUAUACAGUCAUACCUCAUGUUACGUUUGCUUCAGGUUGCGCGUUUUCAGGUUGCGUCCCGCAGUGACCCGGAAGUACAGGAAAGGGUUACUUCUGGGUUUCACCACUCGCACAUGCGCAGACGCGCAAAACGACGCCAUGCGCAGAAGCGGCAAAUCGCCACCCGCACGUGCGCAGACGCAGGUUGCGUUCUUUUCAGGUUGCGAACAGGCCUUCGGAACAGAUCCUGUUCGCAACCAGAGAUACCACUGUAUUGAUUAAGUAUUUGUUUUUUCUCACUCACACUAGUGAGCUGGUAGCAGAGUAUACUCCCCUGUAUAUUGCAGGAAACUAGUUGGUAGAUUCAUUUGAAUCUCUUGAGUUAAGCAAUCCAGUCUGGCUUGUCCAAAUUGGAUUUGUUCCUGGUAAAUCCCCUUUGUUCCCUCUUAAAAGGAUAAAGACGCAACAGUCUUCUAUUAAGAAAAACAGGGAGUUUACUUACAUUCAGUUCACAGUAUGAUCCUGAAGGCAGGCUUUAGCUUGUAGUUGCAGAAGAGACUGUGGGUUCAUCCCGAUACGAUACGAUAUCUUUAUUGUCAUUGUCCCAUACAGAACAAUGAAAUUGAAAAAUCUACAUAAGACAUUCAAAAACCCCUAAAAACUCUGAAACCCCAUUUUAAAAUACAAUAUACUAUAAAGGUAAAAGGACCCCUGACCAUUAGGUCCAGUUGUGGCCGACUGGGGUUGCGGCGCUCAUCUCGCUUUACUGGCCGAGGGAGCCAGCGUACAGCUUCCGGGUCAUGUGGCCAGCAUGACUAAGCCGCUUCUGGUGAACCAGAGCAGCGCACGGAAACGCUGUUUACCUUCCCGCCAGAGUGGUACCUAUUUAUCUACUUGCACUGGCGUGCUUUUGAACUGCUAAGUGGGCAGGAGCAGGGACUGAGCAACAGGAGCUCACCCCGUCGUGGGGAUUCGAACCGCCAACCUUCUGAUUGGCAAGUCUUAGGCUCUGUGGUUUAACGCACAGCGCAACCCGUGUCCCCACAAUAUACUAUAGAGACUCCUUAUACUGCAUUUAGAACCAGAAUUGCAUUUGGGUAGAAACUGUUUCUCAAGUGGCUAGUCCCGGUCUUUAUAACCCUGUACCUUCUUCCAGAAGGCAGAAGCUGAAAGAGAUAUUUCUGGGGUGCAUACUAUCCUGCGCUAUCUCUGCAGCUUUCUUAUGGCACCUGGAAGCAUAGAUUUGAUCCAAGGUGGGAAGAGUGCACCCAAUUAUUCUCUCUGCAGUCUUUCCAACCCUGGACAGCAUUGUUUUUUCCCUGAGCAGCUCCCAAGCCACACACAGAGACCAUAAGUUAAUACACUCUCCACAGUACAAUGGUAAAAUGGCACCAACCAUAUGGGAUUGAGCCCAUGUGCUGCUGGCUGAGAGCUAGCAGACAGCAAAAACAUCAAGACAGAACGAGGCGGAAAGGCGGAAGGAGAAGGGAAGAUGGCUGCAUGACUAGGCCUUUAUAGGGUCUCCCAGGAUCAUGCCCAUCUACCUGGUCACACGCAGGGGAAAGAUGCUCCAAACAGGUGUGGCAGGAAGUCCUCCUGGCUGGAGUAACAUCCCCCUGUGUGUCCACUCUGGGCAAACAGGAAAUGUUGUACUUGACUGCUUUCUGUGAUGUUGCAUGCCACAAGGGCCGCCAUUUUGCAACCUGCCAAGGAGCAGAAUGAGGGGUUAGCUACCGUAUUUUUCGCUCCAUUGGACGCACCGGACCAUAGGACGCACCGGAUCAUAGGAGGGGGAGAACAGGGAAAAAGAUUUUUUUUCUUAUUCUCCCCCUCCAAAACAAGGUGCGUUCAAGGUACAUUCACCAGAGCUUGUGGGGCUGGCGGUGGGGGGAAGCGCUGCUUUCCCCCACCGCCAGCCUCAAAGAUCCCUGAAGCCUUUGGAGCGCAGCGCCCCGCUGCCCUGCACAGGUUUGCGCGCAGCCGUCCCCAAGCUAGAGCAGUGAAACGGAGCCCUCCGUCUCGCUGUUCUGGCUUGGGAACAGCCUUGCUAGCUUCUGCAGGACAGCGGGGUGAGGGCUGCAGAGGUUUGCGCGCAGCCCUCCCCAAGCUAGACGGCUGCUCUAGCUUGGGGACGGCUGCGCGCAAACCUCUGCAGGGCAGCGGGGUGCCUUCAUCCUGCUGUCCUGCAGAAGCUUGCAAGGCUGUUCCCAAGCCAGAACAGCGAGAUGGAGGGCUCCGUCUCGCUGCUCUAGCUUGGGGAGGGCUGCGCGCAAACCUCUGCAGGGCAGCGGGGUGCCUUCACCCCGCUGUCCUGCAGAAGCUAGCAAGGCUGUUCCCAAGCCAGAACAGCGAGACGGAGCGCUCCGCAGUGCUCCGUCUUCCUGUUCUGGCUUUGGGCUUAGCGGCGCAGCCUGCAUUCGCUCUAUAGGACGCACACACAUUUCCCCUUAGUUUUUGGAGGGGGAAAUGUGCGUCCUAUAGAACGAAAAAUACGGUAGGUCAGAGCUGGCUCAGCUGUAGCCUUUAGGCCUCCUAACAGUUCUCUAGCUCAGCUGCAGAACAUCAGCUUUGCAUGCCAAAGCCCCAAAGAGCCACUGCGGGUCAGUGUAGAAAAUACUAAGCUAGAAGAAACAAUGGUCUAAUGGAAGUUGGAGUCUGUUUGGAGGGUCACGGGCUCCCCUUCCCUGCUUGACGCCUCUGUAAGUGCAUUUAACAUGUGAAUCCCUGAUUGGUUGGGACAUGCAUCUAGGACAGGGCUGGGGAACCUGCGGCCCUCCAGAUAUUGCUGGGACUCUGGUUCCCAUCAUCCCCGAAGCAUUGGCCAUUCUGGCAGGCUGUUCUGGUGGGAGUUGGAGUCCAACGAUAUCUAGGGGGCGGCGCACAGGGUCCCCAGCUUUGCUUUUUGGCACGAAAACCACCCGACCCCUAAUAUCAGUUGUGUGGAAGCUGGCUGUAGUUCCUGAGGAGUUGAGGGAAAUGUAUUUUGGACCUGCAAAGUGGUACUAUAUAUUUAUAUGGGGUGGGCAGAACACAUACACAAGCCUGAGUCACUGAUGCCUGGCCUCUGAGGAGAUGGACUUGUGGGUCUAGCUUCAAGAUAGAUUUUUGUCCACAGCCCAACAAAGCAUCUCUCUCUCUCUCUGUGCCUCACCCCCAGAUAUAUUUUUUAUUCAAUCCCUUCUUUUUCUCCUUGCCAUUUCAGAAACCAAGGACCGCGACUCAGAAACCACGCUGGUCCCCUCAGAGGUAAGUAAUUCCCACGAGAAGCAGGGCCUUUUGGGUUGUGGCUCCAGAGCGCUGGAACACCCUCCCUGCAAGCGGUCCAUAUAUACCCCGCUCCAGUCUCUGAUGUAGUUUCAAAAACAAGUGAAGAGUUCCUGCACUUCCACUGUCUGAUGGGAGCGGCUCAUAAAAUCCUAACAUUGGAGGGAGGGGACUUAUCAACCACUUACCAUCAAUGUGUUUUCCCUAAAAUUCAACCCAAAUCUACCCACCUGUCACUGAAGUUCAGGUGUGGCCCUCCAGAUGUGGGUGGACCAGGAGCUCUCACCAAUCCCAGUCAUUGGGGUCAGGGGUGGGGGGAGAAUGGAUAAUCUGUUCAUUUUGGUUUCUCAAUUUUCCAAAGUUAGGCCCCGUAGCAGUACCACACCACUUGAAGCAGUUAUGGCUUCCACCCAAAGAAUUCUGGGAGCUGUAGUUCAUUAGGGGUGCAGAGAGUUGUUAGGAAACCCCCACACUAUUCCCCUCCUAUUCCCCUUAUGAGGAACGGCUAAGGGAGCUGGGCAUGUUUAGCCUGGAGAAGAGGAGGUUAAGGGGUGAUAUGAUAGCCAUGUUCAAAUAUAUAAAAGGAUGUCACAUAGAGGAGGGAGAAAGGUUGUGUUCUGCUGCUCCAGAGAAGCAGACACGGAGCAAUGGAUCCAAACUACAAGAAAGAAGAUUCCACCUAAACAUUAGGAAGAACUUCCUGACAGUAAGAGCUGUUCGACAGUGGAAUUUGCUGCCAAGGAGUGUGGUGGAGUCUCCUUCUUUGGAGGUCUUUAAGCAGAGGCUUGACAACCAUAUGUCAGGAGUGCUCUGAUGGUGUUUCCUGCUUGGCAGGGGGUUGGACUCGAUGGCCCUUGUGGUCUCUUCCAACUCUAUGAUUCUAUGAUUCCUAGGGCUACAAUUUAUUUUAUUUAUUCUAUAUCCCACCUUUUCCUCAAAGGAGCUCAAGGGGGCCUACUGACCCAAGGUCUCCCAGUGAGCUUCAUAGCCAAGAGUCAGGAUUUGAACCCUGGCCUCUCCCAGGUCCUACUCUGACCCUGCUUCCACUAACACCCCACUGGCUCUAAACAGGCUUUCCCAGUUGGAUGAAUGGGUCUUGGCCACAAGUGUCCGCUUGUUAGAUUUUUGGCACUGUUUUAAAUAUCUUGGUUGUUUUCGUGUUGUUAACUCUUUCUUAUUUUCUUAUGUGCAAAUCUCCUUGAGACGGAGCUUUAGAAGGUGGUGAAUAAUAAUAAUAAUAAUAAUAAUAAUAAUAAUAAUAAUAAUGCAGCCAGAACCCAAUCCUCUUCAUGAAGACACCCUUCUGACUGUAAUAAACAAAAAUCUGGCCAGGCUCCCCAGGGUAUCCAAUCAAGUGACCAUUAACAGGUAAUCUGCCAGACAGGAGAUAAACAGCGCACUCAGAUUUUUGUUGUAGACCGCCCUUUCUGUGAUGUAUGUAUGAUGUUUCUGGGGGUGGUCUUGGACUCCAGGGCGGGCAAUUUAAAAUGUCUAUAUAAGGGCAGGCACGCCUUUGUUCGGGGUACUCCUCCUUUCCUGCGUGUGAGGGGAGCACCUUGUUGCAACAGAUCAAUAAAGAUCAGGCUUACUAGCUGCUUUGCUUCUCAAUAUUCUCUGGUUGGCCUCUGUUAUUUUCUCCGACCGAUGGAGAACCUACAAAGGACUCUAUAAGGGCUCUUGUGUCCCCCAUAAGGGAAUAAGGGCAGAUUUUUGUUUAUUACAUGACUCAGGAAAUCUGUAGCCUCCACACCAACUAAAAUAUUCUGAGAGAAUGAAUUUUUAAAAGGUCAAAAACCCAUCCAAGCCCGCCACAAGCAUUCAAAACAGCUCCGCUAGCAAAAUUCAUAGGCUCCAGCUGCCCCUCUCAGCAGUUACAGCCCCUGUUUCCGAGACGCUGGCCCCUAAUAAACCCUGCUUCCUCUUUUUGACCACUGAGGGUUCCUUGUCUAAAUGGAGAGAUGCAGCUAUUCAGAGUUGGCUGCACUCAGCCUGUUAUGUACUGAGUUGAAUAGGAUCCAAAAGGCAGCAGUCUGAUUGGUCCCAGAACAAUAGGAUUCAGAAUGCAGCAGUCUGAUUGGUCCUAGAACAAUAGGAUUCAGAAUGCAGCAGUCUGAUUGGUCCUAGAACAAUAGGGUCAAGAAUGCAGCAAUCUGAUUGGUCCACAGGAGCCACCCAAUCCAGCUCCAGGUGGAAGUGAAUCCGCAACCUGAUUGGCCUACAGGAGAAUCCUGGAAUUAGCCAAUCACGUGGGGCCCAUUGUGUAAAUAAAUGUAUAUAAAGCAGACAUUCUGGGGGAACUUCCAUUCCUCCUCACCACUAUGAGCUGAAUAAAGAGCAUGAAAUCCACUCUCGAAUCCAAAUAUAUUUCACAGCCCUUUCCUUUUUUGCUCUCUCUUGCAGGUUGAUCCUUUUGCCAGCACCGUUAAGCCCAAGUGCACUUCUGAGCUCCCUGUCGUCAUGAGUAAGCCGACAGGUAAGUGUGCCUCCUUUCGUGGCCUCGCUUGUACAAAGGUGGCUUUUUGUACAUGCUGUUGUUGUUGUUUAGUCAUUUAGUCGUGUCCAACUCUUCGUGACCCCAUGGACCAGAGCACGCCAGGCACUUCUGUCUUCCACUGCCUCCCGCAGUUUGGUCAGACCCAUGCUGGUAGCUUUGAGAACACAGUCCCACCAUCUCGUCCUCUGUCGUCCCCUUCUCCUUGUGCCCUCCAUCUUUCCCAACAUCAGUGUCUUUUCCAGGGAGUCUUCUCUUCUCUUGAGGUGGCCAAAGUCUUGGAGCCUCAGCUUCAGGAUCUGCCCUUCCAGUGAGCACUCAGGGCUGAUUUCCUUCAAAAUGGAUAGGUUUGAUCUUCUUGCAGUCCAUGGGACUCUCAAGAGUCUCCUCCAGCACCAUAAUUCAAAAGCAUAAAUUCUUCGGCGAUCAGCCUUCUUUAUGGUCCAGCUCUCACUUCCAUACAUCACUACUGGGAAAACCAUAGCUUUAACUAUACGGACCUUUGUUGGCAAUUGUACAUGCUAAGGGCUGCAAAAAAUACGGAGACAUCGCCCGGGCGAAAGACUGGGAGUGACGGGAGCAAGGAUCUUUGGCAGGUAGGCUUCCCUAGUGGUGAUGGCAGGCGAUAGCCGUGCUCCCUAUUUGUGGGUGACCUUGGGCCAGACGCUGCCUCUCAGCUUAGCCUACCUCACAGGGUUGUUGUGAGGAUUGAAGGAAGAGGGGGAGAGUCACGUACGCCACCUUGAACUCCUUGGAGAAAAAGGUGGGGCACAAAUUCGAUUCCAUUUUGAUUCCCCACAAUGCCCCACAGCAGGCUCUUUUGGACUGAGGGCCGAAUUCCCUGCUAGGCAACCUGGCCAAGGGCCAGAUGGAGGGCCGCAUUUGGACCCUGGACCUGAGGGUCCCUGCCUUUGCCCCAGAGAGGUGCAAAGCUGGAGGCAUUGUGGGAAAUGAAGAGGGUGGCCUGACCUAACUGUGUUCCCUGAUUGUUUGUCCCUUCUAGUGGAAAAUGCUGCCUCUGCGCCUCUGUACUUGUUCCUCAUCAUGGCUGUAAGCGUGACUGGAAUUGUUGGCAUCUUGGUCGUUGGAGUCAUUCUCCGGUAAGGAAGACCACCUAAUUUUCGGGAGUUGCAGGGGGGAUGUUGAUUACUGGGAGCAGUGAAGAUGUCUAGUAGGGCCAGUUCUGGGGUGGUGUCUAAUACUUGCUUAGUUAUUUUACAUAUUUCUCGUAUGGCUGUUGUCCAGAAUAGUUGGAUUUUGGGGCACUCCCACCACAUGUGGAGGGAUGUGCCUGUGGAGGUGUACCCUCUCCAGCAUUUUGGUGAGGUUCCUGGGCAUAUUUGCACUAAUUUCUUUGGUGUUAGGUACCACCUGUAGGUGAGUUUCAGAGUGAGUUCUUUCCUUUUCGUUGAUAUAGAUUUAAAGGGGGUGGGGUUUAGACCACAUUCUGGUCCACUGAGUGGGGUUAAUCUUGUAGCCUAUGUGAGCCCGAUCUUGGCCAGGGAGGGCGGGGUAUAAAUACUAUUAUUAUUAUUAUUAUUAUUACUACUACUAUUAUCACUCCCCCCCCCAAAAAAAACCACACCAAUGUCCUUUCUGUUGGGGAUAAUUCAGACUGAAAUUCCCAGGUGUCAAAAACGGUUGUUUAUGUCUGCCACUACUGCGGCCCGUGUUUUCUUAGCCCCCAAAUGGAAAACGAGCGAGGUCCCAACCAAAGAAGAAUGGCAACUUAAACUGAAGGAAUAUGCUCAGCUUGCGGACUUAACAUAUAGAAUAAGAGAACAAGAAGAACAUAGGUUUAAAGAAGAUUGGAAAACGUUUAUUGACUAUAUGAGGGGGCAUUUUGCACACCUGAAAACAUUGGUAGCAUUAAGAUAAAUUCAUCAGUAUAAAUGAGUUUUGAGGGAUGUAGUAAUGGAAAUACUGAAAUACUGAAUAGUUUAUGUAAAAGAUGCAGGGAUUUAUGAUACAGUGGUGCCCCGCAAGACGAAUGCCUCGCAAGACGAAAAACCCGCUAGACAAAAGGGUUUUCCGUUUUUCGAUGCGCUUCGCAAGACGAAUUUCCCUAUGGGCUUGCUUCGCUAGACGAAAAAGUCUUGCGAGUCUUGCGAUUUUUUUCGCUCCCCCCCCCUUUUCUAAGCCGCUAAGCCGCUAAUAGCCGCUAAGCCGCUAAGCCUUUAAUAGCCGCUAAACCGCUAAUAGCACUAAUCCGCUAAGCCGCUAAUAGGGUUGCUUCGCAAGACGAAAAAACCGCUAGACGAAGAGACUCGCGGAACGGAUUAUUUUCGUCUUGUGAGGCACCACUGUAUGCAGAAAUGAACCAUGGAAAGAGAAGGGAAGUCAUUGAUAUUUUAAGGGUGUAUAAAUGCAUUUAAAGCCGUCCAAGCCUCCCAUGGAUGUGAUGGUAGAAAUGUGAUCUCAAAGCCUGCCAUAUUUUUUUUGGGUUGUUCCAGGUAUAGGAAAAAAUGGGGGACGUCGCCUUGCGGAGAAGAGAAAUCCAGCACCGCCCCACCACACUCCCUGACCCUCAUGACUCCUGAGCCUCCUCUGAGUUCAUCUCCUCUUCUCUCCCCUCCGGCUUCGCCCUUCAGCGAAAGCUCUGUUGACACCCCGAGCAUCCCGGAGAACAGCCCCUACGAUGUUUCAAACGCGGACUAUUUCCUGAUGCCGUAGUAGCCGACAGACGUCGGAUUUAGGGAGGUUAUUGGGUGCCGCAGCGUCCCCGCAUGUGGGUACCGUAUGUACCCUGAAGGAUGUGGAGCGUCAGGAGCACAGCCAAGGCAUCUGGGACAUCGUUGAGAGUCCCUUGGGUCGUACCGACAUCAGGUAGCGCCGACGUCAAGGCGUCCGCCCACGCUGCUGAGAUGUAGGGAAGGUGUCUGCUCUUCCGUCCGGAGUCGGGCCGCUCCGAAGAUGCUCCACGUUCAGGAUUUUGUUCGCCGCUCAUCAGGAAGAGCUCAAGUGUCCUUGAAACCGAAGAUGGUGGUUGCAGAUAUGCCAAGUCCCUGCCUGGGUUCUGUGAUGGGGAUGCGCACAGCCGCAAGGUUUCUUCCGGCCCACUGUGGCUGGCAGAGAAAACGGUUGGAGGCACCACCAACAAAUUGUCCCUACAUUUUGGAAGUUCUUUCCAGGAAGCGUCUGUCCUCCUGGAUUCAUGAAGUCAGGGAGGUAGCUGUCUGCAGUCGGAGGAGCUGUCACCCCUGAAGCGGCAGAUGAUGAAGGAAGUGGUUUUGGGUACCACUUUGAGCAAUCGUUGGCCCUUUUCUACAUGCCAAGGAAGGGCAUCCGGGCCAGAUUCCAGGGCUGGCCCAGGACAUUUUGCCACCUGGUUCAAAGGAACGGUGCCUUCUGGCGAGCCACAGUUGCUCCAUCUGGCUCAGUAUUGUCUACACUGGCUGGCAGCAGCUCUCCAGGGUUUCAGACAGGGAGUCUCUCCCAGCCUAGGGAAGCAAAGGACUAGGCCAGGGGGCUUUUGUACGCAAAGCUGAGCCACGGGACAAGGUGCCGUUUCGUGUCUUCCCUGAUUUCACGCAAAAGAACUGAUCUGUCUGGCAACUCUUUCCUGGUUGAAGGGGGCAGAAGACAGGUAGUCCUCUGGGGAUUUAGUGCUGCUUCCUGCCCCCCCAGGAAACUCACCCCUGAGGCUAACUCUACCUUAUGAUUGGGCCGGUGCAGCCGUGUGGUAUUGGAAUGAGCGGGUGCAAAACUGCCUUUUAUCUGAGCCAGACUGUAAGUCCCAGAAUUGUCCUUCUCACCGCCCUACCAUGGGAAAGGCUUCGGACUGAACAACAGGAGCUCCCCCAAGGCCGAGUUCAGCAUCCUGUUCUGUCAAAGGCCAGCCAACUGUGCCAAUCGGAAGCCCGAAAAAGGACCUGGGCACAACAGCAAACUUCCUCCAUCACAGAAAGCAUGUGUACGGUCCCUGAGUCGUGGGUACAACGCACAAGGCUGUGCCGCUGGUCUUGCGCAGGAAUAAACAUGACCCCAAUCUGGCUGGGGGCAAUAGAGAUUUGGCCUUUCGAAAGCGAGGGGCUUUGUUACCCACAGUCCCUGCUGUGCAUCAAAAGAGGGAAGGGAGGACUCUUUCCGCAAUGUAAACAAGUCUCCAACUCGUUGCCUCCAACGGGGAACUUUGCUGCUCUGGGAUGUUACGAAACCCAGCGUUACUCUGUCUUUUUUCCCCCCCUUGCCGCAGAACAACAGAACUGAUAUUUACUUUUUUCUUCUAAAGUUCACAGCGUCAGACUAUUUUUUUGCUGUUAGCUGCUUUCUCUGCUUGCUUGGGUGAAAGGUGUCCCUGUGUCUCAGAUGUCGCCCACGUAGGAGACGGUGAUGAAUCUAGAGGUUAUGGGGAGGCAAAACGCCGGAGGUGAUUCCAGCCAAGGAAGGCUCUGCCAAAAAGCCGUUAAGAUUCGUUCAUGUUUGUUUCCCUGACAUCCUGCCCCCCAGCAUAGCUGUCAAGUGUCCCUUAUUUGAAGGGACAGUCCCUUAUUCCAGCGCCAUGUCCCGCUGCUGUCCCUUAUUGGUGGAUGUCCCUUAAAUGAUGUCCCUUAAAUUUCAAAGGAAGCAGCACCUCUCCCUCCCUCCCUGCUGGCCAGGGAGGAGGGAGGCUCCAACUGUGUUGCUUGGCUGUGUUGCUCACCCAAUAAGAAGUCUAAGAACGACUGGGGGGUGGAGCUUGCAUGCCUUGUGUGUGGCUAGUUAAUGCAAGCUGAGGGGUUUUUUGAAUGCUGGACGCCAUUUUGUUGCACGUGCUGCUGCAAACUUUGCAGUGCAAAGCCAGGCCGGGAGCCAUCUUAAGUUGAGGCUGCAUAGGCCUUGUGGUGCAUGUGAUUCAGAUUCUAUUCAGUUGAACCUCUGGUUACAAAGUUGGUUGGACAGUGUUCUCGAAGCUACCAGCAUGAGUUUGACCAGACUGCAGGAGGACAGGAAGACUGGAGUGCCUGGAACAGGUGAGGCUGCAGGUCCCUUAUUUUGGCUGCUGGUCCCUUAUUUUCAAAUCUGUAAGUUGACAGCUAUGCCCCCCAGGCAGAUUUUUCGGCCUGAGGAGAGAGGGAAUUGUUUGCAAAACAGCAAUCUUACCCCCUUCCCGCCUAGGGGAAAAAGAAAAGAUAUCCAGGUAGCCCCACAAGUUUAAAUUUAUUGCAUUUCUCCUCCCUGAGUAUAUGCUGCCUGGACACAUUUUUCUUAUAUGUUUCCGCAAACGAAAGGGACUAGCAACUUUGGGUUUUUUGCUUAAAUUAAAGCUGCCAAUUCAGGAGAGGGCCUAAUGGAGCUUAAGAGGUUGUUUUGUGUAUGCCUGGCAUAACUUCUUCUUUCGCUUCUCUUUUUGGUGUACCCUGGGCAGAUGGCAUUGUGGCUGCUUAACUCUCCCACCCCACCCUGAAAUUAUGUUUUGCAAUAAGGAGCAAUCCCUCCCUUUCUUUUUCUGCCUGCUCCCUGCUGCUCACAAACAGUGCCUUGCUUGUUUCCUGAACCUAAACCUUCCCUGGGCGAACAGCCCGGAAAUCACUGCUUUUUAAGCAAUCGGCGUGACGUUCAGGUACCAGCUCAGCAAAGCGUCUGGUCCGAUGCCACCAAGGUAAACAGAUUUCUCAUAACCCUGUGCCUAGCAAAAAACUUCAAAGGCCAGUGAGUGCCAGCCCUAGGAAACUGCUGCCCUCAGCAAGUUCGAUGCUACUCAUUUUGGACUCUGUCUGAAUCAAGGUUUUCUUUCCACAUAAAUGCACUACAUGCGUUAAAUCAGCAGGGCAAAGCUAGGACGAUGGCACGGCUGCCAAUUUGUUCCUUUCUUAACCGCUGCUGUGCGUAGCUUGUGUACAUUUGUGUAGACACAUUGCUGUAUUGUACCACUUGAGCUUCAGGGCCUUUGGACCCCACACUUGUUUACAAAUUCUCUCUACUUCUGGUGCAUGAGGAGCUGUAUCCAGUAUAUGAAAAUAGCAAGCUCCUUCUCUUAAGUGUGUGUCUGUAAAUAGGCACUCAGAAGUGCAAAGCAUUAGCAAGCUUGCAGGAGCCCCAGGGUUUGUAGAAAUCUGAAAAUUAUUUGGGGGGACUGACCCCAAGGGGGUGAAAUCCCCAAAUACAACAAGGGUGUUCUCACGCUACACUGACUGAUAACCGCCCUUUCUGGGCUCCACAAAGGGCUUGGCAUAUUCAAUAGGCAUGGCAUGCUAACUGUUGAGAGGGUCAGGUGGAGGGGGGGGGGAAACAAGGCGAAGGAACGUAAUGGAGUAUUUGUAAAAGGGCAUGGCCGGCACACACUGAACACGAGCCCACUCCACCUUGCAACAUUGCUUUUGCAUGGCCCUGCCAUUUGCAUCAUCUGCCAAUUUAGGCAUCUGCUGAUGUUAAGUUUUAAUCCGAAAAAGCUUGGGCCACCAUAAAACUGUUUAUACUUUUAAAGGGCUGCAAAACUCUCCAUUUUGAAGGUUAAUUUUAUUCCCGUCUGCUGCUUUGGUAGCCCCUCAGGCCGCAAAGACAUUUAUAAAUGUGUUAAAUGGAUUCCAUGAAUAAAAUUAACAGGCUAGCAUAACAGCCUCCCAGGGGAUAAUGAAAGGCAAGACAUUUUUUUAAGGCUUAGCUUAUUGAUUUUUAGAACGAGUGACUUUUUGAGACACUCCAGGAAUAUUUGAGCCGCACCCUUGCCGUUGCAUGAUGAUUUCUUGAUGCCCCGCUCCCUGCACAGAAGAGGUACGGUCACCCUUCUAAAUCAGGACUCUGCCAAUUCAUCCUGCCACCACAGGAAGAGAGCGAGGCCACAGUGCAGAAGGGAAAGGGGUGUUUGGUGACGAUAACGCUUGCAGUCUAGGAGCGUUUCCGGGUAGUCUAAGAAACCAAAAACUCUCUACAGUUUUGAAACCGGCGGUGAAAAUCAGGGCCAUUUUGAAAUUGGUGGCUAAAAUCAGGAUCCAUUUCAAUGGCUCAGUCGGCCAUCAAACUGGUGUCCAGAAUUCUAUCCAAACAUGGGGGGUUGCUCCUUGGUUUCGGGAACCGUUGUGCCAAAUGCGGUUAUGAUAUCUUGGGUGGUGUCUCAUAAAGAAGCCACGUUCCAAAAUUAUAUAGGUAAAGGUAAAGGGACCCCUGACCAUUAGGUCCAGUUGUGACCGACUCUGGGGUUGCGGCGCUCAUCUCGCUUUAUUGGCCGAGGGAUCUAGCGUACAGCUUCCGGGUCAUGUGGCCAGCAUGACUAAGCCGCUUCUGGCGAACCAGAGCAGCACACAGAAAUGCUGUUUACCUUCCCACCGGAGUGGUACCUAUUUAUCUACUUGCACUUUGACUUGCUUUCGAACUGCUAGCGGACUAAUAAUUGCAUCCCCUGGUAAAAUACGGCCUUUUCAAAUGUGUGCGUUCUUUGGGGCCCAGUUUUCCUUUUGUCUCUUUCUUCCUGGCGUAGCUGGCUGUGCUGGCCCGUGAGAAAGAAAGAAAGAGGAAGAAAAGAGUUGAGCAAUCUUGAGGGAAGAGGGGGGCCUGCGGCAGGUUCGCAGCGCAGGAGAAGGAGGGCUGGUGGUGAAACCCCCGGUCCAGGCAGCUGCUUCCCUCCAUCUUCCAGUUCUCCUUUUCGGUCCCUCCUCACCGAUAAACAGCUCCAGAGGAAGUGCGUGCCCCGCGUAGGGACAGAGGAAGUGAAAUCCCAUGGGGCGUUUGAAUGCCCCCUUUUCUGGUCUCGAGGCCAACUGUCUCCUCAUGUUACACCUGCCCCAUAAAUUUGCAGACCCUCCAAGUGUCCCUAUUUUCCAGGGACGUCCCUGAUUUGGAGAAGCCAUCCCAGUUUCUGACUUGAUCCCGGAAUGUCCUGCUUUUCCUUGUUGUUGUUUAGUCGUUUAGUCGUGUCCGACUCUUUGUGACCCCAUGGACCAGAGCACGCCAGGCACUCCUGUCUUCCACUGCCUCCCGCAGUUUGGUCAAACUCAUGCUGGUAGCUUCGAGAACACUGUCCAACCAUCUCGUCCUCUGUCAUCCCCUUCUCCUUGUGCCCUCCAUCUUUCCCAAUAUCAGGGUCUUUUCCAGGGAGUCUUCUCUUCUCAUGAGGUGGCCAAAGCAUUGGAGCCUCAGCUUCACAAUCUGUCCUUCCAGUGAGCACUCAGGGCUGAUUUCCUUCAAAAUGGAGAGGUUUGAUCUUCUUGCAGUCCUUAGGACGUCCCUAUUUCCUUUGGAGAAAUGUUGGAGGAUAGGGCAUUAUCCGACCCCCGAGCCGUCUGAAGGCAAUCCUGUAUAGGGAAGUUUUUAAAAAUGUUUAAUGUUUUAUUAUGUUUUCAUAGACAGUGGUACCACUGGUUGCGAACUGGAUCCGUUCUGGAGCCCCGUUCGCAACCUGAGCAGAACACAACCUGCAUCUGCGCAUGCGUGGGUCGCGAUUCACCGCGUCUGUGCAUGCGCGUGACAUCAUUUUGCCUGUCUGCGAGCGACGAAACCCGGAAGUAACCAGUUCCAUUACUUGCAGGUCACCAUGGGACGCAACCUGAAAAGAUUUAACCUGAAGCAAACGUAACGAGGUAUGACUGUACAGUGGUGCCUCGGUUUUCGAAUGUAAUCCAUUCCAGAAGACGGUUCAACUUCUGAAACGUUUGGAAACCGAGGGGCAAAGGGUGGUCUGCAAAUUCAAUACAUAAAAUUGAACUCGGCUGAAGACGUUUGACUUCCGAGGCGCGUUCGAAAACGGAAGCAUUUACUUCCAGGUUUUUGGCGUUUGAGUUCUGAAACGUUCGUCAACGGAGACGUUCGAAAAUCGAGGUACCACUGUACAGUGGUGCCUCGCAAGACGAAAUUAAUUCGUUCCGCGAGUUUUGUCGUCUUGCGAUUUUUUUCGUCUUGCGAAGCACGGUGUUGGGAAAGUUUUGGAAAAGCUUCAAAAAUCACCAAAGUCUUUAAAAACCUCAAAAAUGGCUACCCCACCGCGUUCUAUGAGUUGCUGCUCGAAGUCAAGUCGCAACUGUAUUAACGGUGUUAAGAAAAAGGAAACAAACUUGCAAGACGUUUCCGUCUUGCGAAGCAAGCCCAUAGGGAAAAUCGUCUUGCGAAGCGGCUCAAAAAACCAAAAACCCUUUCGUCUAGCGAGUUUUUCGUCUUGCGAGGCAUUCGUCUUGCGGGGCACCACUGUAUGUUGGAAGCUGUGCAGAGUGGCUAGGGCAACCCAGUAAACUGUAAAAUUAUCAUUAUGGAAUGGGGCGUCCCUAUUUUCAUUGGAGAAAUGUUGGAGGGCAUGCAUUUGAAGCACUCUUAUACCACUCUCAACAGCCAUACAGUGGUGCCUCGCAAGACGAAAAGAAUCCGUUCCGCGAGUCUCUUCGUCUUGCGGGUUUAUUCGUCUUGUGAAGCAAGCCCAUUAGCGGAUUAGUGCUACAGUAUUAGCGGCUUAGCGGGCUUAGUGGAUCAGCUGAUAAGCGGCUUAACGAUCAGCUGAUAAGCGGCUUAACGAUCAGCUGAUAAGCGGCUUAACGAUCAGCUGAUAAGCGGCUUAGCAUCAGCUGUUAAGCGGCUUAGCCAUCAGCUGUUAAGCGGCUUAGCCAUCAGCUGAUAAGCGGUUUAGCGGCUUGGGAAAAAGGGGAAAAGGAAAAAAACCCCGCAGGAACUCGCAAGACAUUUUCGUCUUGCGAAGCAAGCACAUAGGAAAUUCGUUUUGCAAAGCACCUCCAAAACGGAAAACCCUUUCGUCUAGCGGGUUUUCCGUCUUGCGAGGCAUUCGUCUUGCGGGGCACCACUGUAGUUGCUUCCCCCGCAGUAAUCCCCCAAACUGUAGUUUCCGAAGGGUGCUGGGAACUAUAGCACCAUGAGGGGCUUUAAUAUAUAUUUUUUAAGAAGUCAUGUGCUUUAAACGUGCAUCAGGUGUGCUUUUAAUAUAUGCCAUUGAUAAAUAGGGUUAGGAACUGAACUUUAAAAAUCACUCAGCACAUGGAAGAGAAGCGUUUAUACAAUUUACAAUGCAGAUUGGUAGGCAGGAAACCCCUGUUAUUCUCUUUUCCUCUUUUUCUGUAUUUUUGCCUUAUUUUGGAAAAGUAAGUGCUUUGGACACGACACAAAAGCGCACAAAUCUGUUUUAAGUUAUUGGUGAAAGUGCAAAUCAAAACCUAUCUACCUAGUCCAAUGUAAGAUUGCAUCAUUAUGUAUUGCUAAAACAUAUUACUUGUAUCGUACCCUCCGAAGACCCAGUUUUUUAUAUAAAAAAAGAAUAUGUAUUUUGUCUAAAGCUU